AUGAAGAAGUCUGAUAAUAAAUAUAAUACUAAAAUGAUUAAUAAAAAUAAGAUAUUAAAGAUAUCUCGUAUAUAUAUGUAUUUAAAUAGUUUUAUUACUGUUGGCUAUAGAAGAAGAAUUGGUGUAUGGAGAAGAGCUUAUGAUACAAAUGGAAAUGUAGUUAAAGCUUUUACAAGUAUAUCUGGAGAUAUUAUAUUUGAACCAGACUGUUUUAAUGUUGCAAAGCGUGAAAUAAUGUUAUUAGAGAAUCAUGGUAUUAAAUUAAGAGGGAAUAGAUCAGGUAUACACAAUGGAUUAAUACUAGAACCAUAUUAUUCAUUACAAGGAAAUAAUAUGACUGAUUUAUCAUUUUGGUGUGUCCCUAAAUCUGUUCAAUAUAUAUAUGAAAUGAAAUUUGGUAUUAAUAAAUUAUAUGAUUGGCAAGCUGAAUGUUUAUCACGUAUAUUUCAUGAUUUGGCUACAAAAAAUACAAAUAAUAAGAAAUUUUCAAUUAAAUCUCCUUUCUUAUGUAUAUCUCCUAAAUAUUUUGGGAAGUCAUUAAUUGCUGAAAUAGUAUCCCUUUAUGGUCUUUUAUUUUCAGGUAGAAAUACUUUGAUUAUACUUUCUAAUUCUGCAAAAUGUAAAGAAUAUGGUGAGAAAUUAUCAUGCUUAUUUGGAAAGGAAUCAGUUAAUUUAAGAGUAGAAAUUUUAUCUGGAAAUUCAAGAAAUAUUUCUAACUGGUCUCCAAAUAUUGAUAUUGCUAUAUGUACAAUAGAAAGAGCAAAUGCUCUUAUUAAUAAGCUAAUUAGUGAUAGAAUGUUAGCAGAGUGUUUAGGUACAAUAAUCAUAGAAGAAAUUAAUAUGGUAGGAUCAGAUACAAAAGGUCAUUUAUAUGAAGGAUUUUUGAUGAAAUUAUUAUCAACUGAUUUAGUAUUUUCUAAUAUUAAUGAAUUUCAUUUAGAGUCAAAUUUACCUUAUUAUUUACCUCGUAUUAUUUUAUUAUGUAUGUCCAAAAUUCUUCCAUAUGAAUCAGCAUAUAUCAAUUGGCUAAAAGCUACGUCAUAUUCUAUUAAUAAUAUUCCAAUUAGUUCUAAUAUUUAUAUAAAAUAUGCAAAGGAUUUAUGGAUGAAGAAUUCAAGAUAUUUAUUAGAAGGGAUAAAUAUAAGUGAUAGAAAUGAGAAUUAUAAUACUGAGUUAAUUCAAUGUAAAUCAUUUGAAGAUAUAUUAAAUAGUGAUAUUGGAUUUUUUGAUUCUGAAUAUUUAAGUAAAUUGGUAUUUGAAACAUUAUUAAUUGGACAACAAGUUUUAAUAUUAUGUCCAACUAAGCAAUGGAGUAAAAAAUCAGCUAGCUUAAUUAUAGAGAGUCUUCCAAAAUUAUUAUCAAAAUUUGAACUUGAAAUCUCAAAAAUUCAAGAUUCUAUAGAGAAAAAAAAACUUAUAGAUAAAUUGAACUUGUUUAAAUUACAUGGAAAUGGAAUGAAUAGUAAAUAUUAUAAUAAACGUUUUGAACUUGUAGAAAAUCUAAAUAUCAAUAGAAGGCAUUCAUUAACUGGAAAAAAUUUUGGAUUUUGUAAUAUAUUAAAGAAUGGAAUUUUAGAAAAUGGUAUUGCCUAUCAUAAUUCAAGUUUGUCUAUUAAACAACGUCAUUUAAUUGAAAAUUCAGUUAGAAAUGGAGUGAUAAGGGUUUUAUGUUUAGCAGCAUUAUCUUCUAUAAAAGCAAUUCCAACUGUUCAUACUGUUAUAAUUAGAUCUAUUAACUCUGCAGUACAUAAUAAUUCAUUUGGAAAACCAAAAAAUCAAUGGAUAUCAUCUCAUGAUAUUAAAGAAAUGAUUGAAAAGGUUAAAAUAAUUGAUCCUAGAUAUAAUUUAUAUAGAGAUUAUAGAAAUAAUUUUAAUAUUAAAGAUUCUAAUUAUUAUUUGAUACAAAGAAAAGAUGUAAAUUUUUUUAGUGAAGAUUCUAUUCAAAAAGAUAUAGAAUUAUGCAAUAACUUGAGUAUAAACGAAACUAUUGAUAAGUCAAAACCUGAAUAUAAUGCAAAUAAUCCUAAUGCUGUUAUAUUUGUAUCUGAUAAAGCAGAAUUCGAAUAUGUAUCAAAUAUUUUAAAAAGCAAUUCAUUUAAUUUAGAAAUGGGCUCGAAAUCCCAAAUGAAAGAUUUAAAUUUUGUGAUUAUAAUCCUUGAUUUAGUUGUGACGAAUAUUACUCAAGUAUUAAAUGAUUUAUACAUUAUAUUGAAAUAUGCAAGUCUUAGUGAAUAUAUUAAACAAGAAAAUAAAAAAAAUGGCAAUUUAAAAUUUAUUUACAGUAGUGAUAAUAAUCAAAUUGAAAGUGAUAAUAUUAAUAAUCAAAUUGAAUUUUCUUUAUCUUAUCUUUUUUCAAAUUUUAUGAUUGAUAUUAUAGAAAGAGAAAGUCCAAUAUAUAAUACUAAUUAUACAAAAGAUAUUAACAUUGAAGAGGAAAGUUGUUUAUUAUCUAAUUUUUAUAUAAUUCCUAUUGAUGAUCAUAAUUAUGUGAAAUCUCCUAUUAUUUGUUCUAAACUUGCUCUUGUUGGACCAAAGACAAAACAAAAUACUUUAGGUGUACUUCCAAAUACAUUUAAUAAGCAACAUAAAUACUUACAAAAGUUAAAUACAGGAAAAGAAUACUUAGAGAAAAAUAUCCAAAUAAUAAAAAGUGAAUAUAUUAGAUCUUGGAUAAAUGAAAAUGACUUCUUAAAAGAUAAAGAAUAUCAAUUAUAUAUACGGAGUACAAAUCUUGGAAAUUCUAUAGUUCAUGCUCAAAUAAAUUUAGUAGAUGGUCAAGAAUUAUUUAGUGAAUUAUAUAAAGCUAGAUUUAUUGGAUUAAAUUUCACAAAUGAAUUGCAAUUAUUCUAUACUAUUCUUAUUUGUUAUAAUGGUUUUCUUCCAUUUAUUAAUUGGACAAACUACAAAAGAAUUUUUACUGAACUAGAACAAGAUGAAAUAAUAUUUGCAGAUUUCCUUGGAAUUACAUUCAGAAUUCUUGAUAAUACAAUCCGAUCAGUAAAAAGUGGUGUUUUUAAUGCACCUGAUAUUAAUUACUUAUUACCUGAAUCUUUACAUCAUGCUUAUUUUAUAUCUGGAAUUUUAUCUUAUAAAGGUUUAGUUGAAAAAUACAGAUUAAUUGCACUUUAUAAAUUUUAUUAUGCUUGUUUAUUAAGGGAUAUUUGUAAUCCCAUAAUCUCCUAUGAACUAAUUCUGGAAAAAUAUCAAAUUGAUUAUAAUACAAUUCAACAAUUUAUUCAACAAUGUAAAAUAUCAUCGUUAAAAGUUUCUAAAUUUACCAAAAUAUUAGGAUGGAAUGAUUUAUCCGAAAUAUUUCAAUAUAUACCACAGAAUAUUGAUAUAAAUAUGGCUCUUAAGAAUAUUGACAAAAUUUUUGAUUUAUUAAGAUCACAAUGUAAUAAAAAUAUUAAUGAUAUACAAAUUGAUACUAAUUUAAAAUUUCAGUUUAUACCUGGUGAAAUCUCUUUAAUAAGAAGUACAAUUAAAAAUUUUAAACAGUUUUCUGAGCUAAUAACACCGAUAAGAGCUAUUGCUUUAUAUUUACAAGGUAUAACAACACCAGAAAAGUUGGUUUACUCUCCUCAGGAAAAUAUCUGUCAAGCUCUUAUUAUAGCAGAUUCUAUUGAUUAUUCUUAUUUAGUGAAUACAAACUCUUUUAAAAGAUCAGAUACCUAUUAUAUUCAAGAAGUUGCAAAUAAUCUUGUUCAACAGGCUAAGACUUUUAUUAGUACUAAACGACUUAUAAAAGAAAAUGAUGAUUCUACUGAAGAGGAUAUUAUAGAUUAUAUUAAAUAUGAAGAUAAUAUAUUAGAGGAUGACAAUAUCUUAUUAACUUAUUUUAAUAAAGAUGACUUAAAUAAUAUAGAAAUAUAA